GAUUUUCCAAAACAAGCCGAGUUCAUUUUCUUUCCCCUAAAUUCUUUACUUGCGGUGUGGUGGUGGCGAUGGUUACGACCACAAGCCUCCCUUGGAACCCCGCUCUGCCCGCCCGACCCCGUCGCGUCCGGCCCGCGCGCCUCCCCACCCGCGCCGCGCCCCCCCCCCGUCCUGGCCUUCCGGCGCAGCGACUUGAACCACUUCGCCCAGCGAGUCGCCUCGGGCGAGGCCUGGAGGGACGCAUGGCGGAGCGCCAACGACCGCUUCGAGCUCUUCAUCUUCGAGGCCAGGAAGACCGCCGAGCGCAUCGACCGCCGCUACUCCGUCUCCCGGCGGCUCGGCGCCGUGGCUCAAUCGGCGUCCGAUAGAGCGCGCGAGAUCGACCGCGAGUUCGAGAUCGGACAGCGGUGGCGGACUUUCACUCUGGAUUUCAGCAGGAACUGGCCGAGGUACAGAAGGGAGAUCAAUGAUUUUAUGGAGACACCACUAGGAAGAGGCUUUGCAACAAUUUUUUUCCUCUGGUUUGCAUUAUCUGGAUGGCUCUUCCGAUGUCUGAUAUUUGCUACCUGGAUUCUGCCUUUUGCUGGUCCCCUUCUCAUUGGAACAGUUGCCAAUAAUCUCAUCAUCAAGGGUGCUUGUCCAGCUUGUAAAAGGCAGUUUGUUGGAUACAAAAACCAAAUUGUUCGUUGUGCCAACUGUGGGAACAUUGUAUGGCAGCCAAAAGGGGACUUCUUUUCACGAGAUGGGUUCCCAGGUGGUGGAAGACGCAACACUUCUUCAAAGUCUGAACCUGACAUUAUUGAUGUUGAGUUUGAGGAGAAAUGACAGCAUUUUAUCAGUCCAUGCGGCAUAAGGAAGAAGAGAGAGCUUUUAAAAUGGCUCCAUCUCUUUGGGCUCUUCUCCAAAGGUCCCUUUUUAGAAGCUGCUUGACGUGUAUCAUAGUUCUCUCAUGCAACAGGAAAGUAGAGGAAGUUAGAUGUAAAAGCUUUCUGUUUCGGUCGAAACAUUUGUAUUUGUCACUCCUGUUCUCUGAUAAUGCGUCGCAGUUUGCCAAUGUUAAGAAUUUCCUUUAGUCUCA